UGCACCUGUUCUUCAUAUUGAAUAUCUGAAGUAUCUGUGUCAUUAUUUGAUGAAUUGCCUUGAACAAAAUUUUGCCAUUCAUCUAACAAGGAUAAUCGUAAGAAAAUCUCACUAAAUUCGGGGAAUUUUAAAUCGGCCUGUGUUCGCCUAGAAUUAAAAGUACAAAAAAAAAAAACAUUAAUCUUAAUUAUACAUAAAGAUUAUUAUAGUACAAUACUUCAAUAAUUUGUUGUAAAAAAUAAUUAUGGGAUCGUAAACAAGUUUGUUGUUGGACAUUUUUUAAAAGAAAAAUUGUUUUAGCCAAAGAAGAAACAGCUGCAAAUUUUAAAGCUGCAUAUGUGUGAACAUCAAGUCCACUUAAAAAAAAUAAAAAGUGAUACGCAACCCUGCAGUGAUGAAAUUUUUUUAAGGCGCAAAGUUUUAUUUUCUCCUUCUUUUGUAUAAAGUCACCUCUAAUUGAAAACUUAAAACUAUAAUAGGUGUGAAAUAUGUCCACAAUUGAAAGGCUUUCUAUACAAGGCAUACGCAGCUUUGGUGCAAAUGCGGAUGAUACACAGACAAUACGUUUCACUUCGCCGAUCACUUUAAUAUUAGGUGAAAAUGGCUGCGGCAAGACGACUAUCAUUGAAUGUUUAAAAUAUGCUUUGACCGGCGAAUGUCCACCUGGUAGUGAUCGUGGUAAAAAUUUCAUACACGAUCCAAAAAUUUUCAGUUUAAGUGAUGCCCUCGGACAAAUUAAACUGGAAGUUCGCAAUAUACAGGGAGCACGUUUAUCUAUAUGUCGUUCCAUGAAAGUGGGUAUGAAACGCGGGAAAAGCAGCUUUGAGACUUUAGAUGCUACGCUUAAUUACUUAGAUGAUGGUCGCACACGAGGGGGUGAUUCCAUUAGUAAACGCUGCGUGGAUGUCGACCAAGCAAUGACUCAAUUUAUGGGUGUAUCUAAAGCCAUCAUAAAUAAUGUAUUAUUUUGCCAUCAAGAAGAUUCCAAUUGGCCAUUAGAUGAACCCAAAAAGCUAAAGGAGAAAUUUGACGCUAUUUUCGGCAUUACCGAGUACAAUAAGGCCUUGGAUCGCCUUAUUAAAAUGCGUAAAGAAGAGACGGCAGCCUUAAAAAUUAAAGAGGCUGAUUUACGUUUUGCUGAACAUUUGAAACAAGAAAUGGAAGAGAAAAGUUUGAGCUUACAAAGCUAUCGCCAAAAAGCUUUAAGCAUCGAUGAUCAGUGCCGCAAAUGUGAUGCCGAAAUUAAGCCAGUAGAAGAGCGGUUACAGAAAAUCUUUAACGUUGAGCGGGAAGUUGGUAAAUACCAAGCGCAGAAAAUUGAAUUACAAACCAAAAAAAAGAAUUGCGAAGAUCAGAUGGAAAAUUUGAGAAGAAAUAUUAAAAAUCCUUUUGCCGGAUCAUUAGAAGAAUUGGAUGCAGAUAUUUCGUCAUUUCAUCAACGGAUGUCUGAACAGCAAAUUGAAAAAGAACAGGCUGAGCAUAAAUUGAACGCUUUAAAUAAACAAACCAACGAUUUGGUGAAACGUCGCAACGAUGCCGAUAAGCGACAUGUUUUACUGAUCGAACAAUCUGAGAAAGAAAAAAAUUGUAAAUUAAAACGUAAUGAAAUGAUUAAAGGGCUAUGCGAGAAACUGAAAAUAACGGUCACAGUAAACUUAAUGAAAGAGUCGCGAAAUUUAAUUGAACUUUUGCAAGAUGUGCAUAAUGAAUUGGAAAAUCAGCAAUCGCAAAUAGCUAAGACAAUACAUCAGCAUGAUGAGGAAGACAAGAGUCGACAAACAAUAAUCGAUCAAUUAAGAGUCGAAAUUACUAAACUUAAAGAAUCCGUCGCCACGUUGAAGAAGCAAAUGCAAGCCUAUGAACGUGAGUUGCAGCAAAACGAGAAGAAAAUAUUCGAUGUCGAGAAAGCCGCACAACAAUUAAAGGAGAUAACUAAACAACUUAAGGAGACUGAGGUGGCUUAUGAGAGCGCGUUGGCAAAAUUCAAUCAAAAUAAAUUUAAGGAUAAAAUACAAAACGAUAAAGAUCAGAUCAAAGAUAUGGAGGAACAAUUUCGUCAAGUCGAUGAACGUUUAACGUUUUUAAAUUCCAUUUCCAAAUUAACAGCGGAAAUCAGUUUAAAGGAGAAAGAGAUGGCAAAGCGUGAGCAAGAAGUUAGACGCGUUAAGAGCAAACAUAGCGAUAAUUUCGGUAAAGUUUUUAAUCGCGAUGAACACAUUGAAGCAAAUUUUAAACGUCACUUGCAAACUUCCUAUGAAAAGUUAAAAACUCAAGUUAAAGACUACACUAACAAAAUGAACGAAUUGAAAUUGAAGGAACAAACGUUCGAGUUGAAGCGUAAGUCAUUGAAGGAAGAGAUACAGAAAGGCAAAAAGGAAUUGGAAGAUAACAAAGAAGUAAUCUAUGAGAAAUGUCAUGAUACACCGUAUGAAGAGUUAUUAACCAAAUCAAAAGCUCUAUUAAACGGUUAUCAACUAGAACUGGGUGCUCAAAGAUCGGCUGAGGCUUUAUAUAAAAAGUAUUUGCAGCAAAUUGAAAAAGAAUCCAAACCGUAUUGUCCUUUAUGCAAUAAGGGCAUGUCAAGUGAUGAGGCUUCCAAAUUAUCUUCCGAUUUAACUGAUGAAAUACAACAUUUGCCGCAAAAUAUACAAAAGUCUGAAAUGUUGUUGAAAACUGAGCAAAAGAAAUAUGAAAACUUGUUACACUUAAAACCAAUUUUGGAAAAAGUAACUCUACUAGAAAAGGAUUUGCCCGGCAAAGAGAAACAGUUGAAAGAUAUCCAAAGACAAUUGACUGAUUUAGCUAAUGAAAGUGAAAACUUUCAAAUGCUUUUAGCCGAACCCACUUUCACUAUGGACUUAGCCAGUUCUAUGAUGGGUGAUAUGUCAUUACUGGAUGAGGCUCUUAAAGAUGUAAUACGCUUGAAAGCUGAAAUUAAUUCUCUCAAGGCGAAGUUACCGGAAGGUUCCGAACAAGAGAAUCAGUCCAUUGAUGAUUUACAAAAUGAGAAAACCACUUUAUUGGAUAAGCUGAGAGAAAUGCGCAAAGAAUUGGACUUGAAUGAAAAGCACUACGAACGACAAAUGGAAUCCUUAAAUAAAUUUAUAGAAACGAAAAAUAACUUAGCAAGUAAGAAAAUUAAAUUGCAAGAGGGCGUACAAUCGUUACCAUCACUGGAAGCACGUCAAAAGGAAAUUCAUGAACUCUCAAAGACAACGGCCAGCGAAAUAGAAGAGAAUCAGAGUAAGGUGGCGCCACUUAACGACAAAUUAAUCGCAGCCAUUAAGGAUAAAGAUAAACUAAAAGAAUCGAAUCGCUCAACCAUAAAUGAAAUGCAAAAGAAACUAGAUACGCUGAAGCGCAUUGAACACGACAUACACAAAUAUCAUAAAGAUGUAAAAGAAUAUGAGAAACUAAAUCUACAACAGGAGCUUGAAACUGUGGAUAAAGAUUUAAGUAAUUUUGGACAACAAAUACAACAACAUACUGAGAGAAUUAAUCAGAUCGUUGAGAAAUUGGAUAAAAUUAAAGUGGAGCUUGUCGCUCAAGAAACCCUGGAACGUGACCUCAAGGAUAAUCGUGAAUUGAUAUUGCUAGGAGAUAAAUGCAAAAACUUUGCUAACGAUUAUAAAAAACUUAAGGAGCAAUUGGGUCGCUUCGAUUUCGGUAAUAUGACGAAAGAAAAGACUGAACUCAAUGAGCAACGUGAAAGGGUGACCAUACGUAAAGGUGAACUGCAGGGUCAACGAGGCGAAGUGAAUCAUCAAAUCAAGAAUUUGGAACGAGAAUUAAAUGAACCGAAAUUUCGUGAUUCUCUGCUGAAUUAUAGACGCAAUUAUUACGAAGUGGCAUUAAGUCGUAACCUAUGCGACGAUUUGGGUCAACAUCGUGUUGCUUUAGAAUGGGCCCUAGUACAAUUUCAUACGGAGAAAAUGCAAGAAAUCAAUCGUUUGAUACGUGAAUAUUGGCGUAUGAUUUAUCGUGGCAAUGAUAUCGAUUAUAUACAAAUACAAACCGCGGAUGAUCCGGAAACUAAAAAGGACGCAAGCGCAGCGAAUCGUCGACGAAAUUAUAAUUACCGCGUCGUUCAAUCAAAGAAUAGUUCUGUCAUUGAAAUGCGCGGUCGCUGCAGUGCCGGCCAACGGGUAUUGGCCUCGCUUAUAAUACGUAUGGCUUUGGCUGAAACGUUCAGUAGUAAUUGCGGUGUUUUGGCUUUAGAUGAACCCACCACGAAUCUGGAUCGAUCGAACAUCUUAUCCCUGUGUGAUGCUCUCAAUCGUGUCGUUGAAGAGCGUCAAGCUCAAUCAAAUUUUAUGCUUCUGAUUAUUACCCAUGACGAGGAAUUCAUAUCGACUUUGGGUAAAAUCGAUUGCUAUAACCGAGUCUCCCGCAACGAUGAAUGCAAAUCGAUUGUACGUCGCGUUCAAGUGGCUUAA